UAGUAACCUUACUAACUUAACUCAUACUACUAGUGGAUCUUAUCAAAUAAGAAGACAAACAAAAAUACCGUCUUGUAGUCAUGUCUUCUUUAAGUGCAAAAAUUGGACCAUCUAUUCUGAACGCAGACUUAUCCCAGCUGCACGAAGAGUCCCAGCGGCUGUUGGACAAUGGUGCUGACUAUCUGCACCUGGAUGUGAUGGACGGCACGUUUGUGCCGAAUCUUACCUUCGGUCACCCAGUAGUUAAGUGCUUGCGAAACAAGAUCAAGGAUGCCUUUUUCGAAACUCACAUGAUGGUUCAGGCUCCGGAACAGUGGGUGGAACCGAUGGCAGAUGCUGGCGUAAAUCAAUACACCUUCCACAUUGAACCGGUAAUGAGCAGCGUGGUAGAUAUCUGUCGUAAAGUCCGGGAGGCCGGGAUGAAAGUGGGUCUUGCCCUGAAGCCAGGAACGCAGGUAGAAUCUGUAGCAGAGUUUAUUUCUCUCGCCGACAUGAUAUUGAUCAUGACCGUUGAGCCCGGCUUUGGGGGUCAAAAGUUCAUGACGGACAUGAUGCCCAAGGUGCAGUGGUUACGGGAAAAUUAUCCGAAUCUUGACAUUGAGGUGGAUGGUGGAGUAGGUCCAUCUACAAUCGAUAUUUGUGCGAAAGCGGGUGCCAACAUGAUUGUGUCUGGAACGGCCAUCAUACGAGCUGAUGACCAGGCGGCGGUUAUUCGAAAGCUGAAACAUUCCGUUGAAACAUUUGCAUUACAUUGAGCACCGAGUGCGACAUAGGAAAAAGAUAUUUUUUUAAUAAAACUUUGAAAAUGAA